AGACUCUCAAUCUAAAUUGAUAUUUUGAGUUGUGUGAAGUCUGUUAACUUCCAAUUUUUUGCUUGUAUUGCAUGUGAUGCUUGUUCUCAUGUGGAAAAAAAAUCAUGUCGAGUUCUAUUGGAAGUAUGUCAUUAAUAUUAAGAUUUAGGACAAUAGUUAUUGGUUGGUCUUUAUAAAAUGCUUGGAGUACGUCAAUGUUUAAAUUUUGGGAAAUAUGGUGCCUCAAUGCUAGAAUUAUUUGUUCUGUUUCAUUUUUUCCCUAGUUUACUGUUUUGAUCUUUAUGGCUGGUAUAGUGGCAUGUUCCUGCUCUGUAAAUUUGCUGAUAUUGUAUAAUGGAGAUUGAUGCGAAAUUUAUUUUUUCAUCAUUUUUAGUUUUUGGAAAAAGUUAAGAUACUCAUUUUUGGUUUUGCUCUUCAGUAAUUACAAAUGACUUGUUUCUCCUAUCUCAAGUCUUUAACCUGGUAUGUUUCACAUGCAAGUUUUUCACCAAUCUUUGACUUUUGAAUCUUCCACAUAAAAUGAGUUGGUAAAGUUUUUGGCAGUUACUGUGGGCUUUGUGAUUAUAGGUUUCUUAAUCCCAAUAUCUUUCUAAAAGACAAUAUGGCAUCAUAAUCAUGAGAAGGUUAACAUAUGUAUUCUGUUUUUUCCUUCAAUUUGAUAAGUCACCGAAAUUGGUAAUGUAACUUUCAGUAUUGUUAGUGCUCAUUGCUAAGUCCCUACCUAGCUAUAUAAAAUGUAGACUCUCUAUGUCCAUGGGAGAGAUGAUUAAUUAAAUGGACUUCUCAUAUAUUCAACCUCGAUGAGUUUGAACUAAGUGAAGACAUUUUUGUCUAAGAUCUUUUAUGCUUUUAUUGCUGAUUUUUUGAUGCUGUUGUUGACUUGGGUAGGCUUAUGUGUAAAUUGCAUGAUACAUUUUGUUUUCCCUUCAACCCCCUUUUCAUACUUAUUUUUCUUUGUAGUUGUAGGCUUAUAGCUUCUUACAACAUUUGGAAGUUGGUACAUCCAAUAAACACACUUUGGUAAUUUCGGAAAAUGAAAUGCGAAAAAAUAAAGGAAAAUGAGGUAAAAUCUCGGUCUGAGUGUUGAUCAUGGGAAAAAUUAGCCAUUAAGGAUUCAGAGGCUGUCUUGAAGAGGAUCUAGAAGUGCCAAUGCAAUGUCUUCUAACAAGAAUUCAACACAAGUUCUGAACAACAGUUGGAAUCUGGAUCGAAGGCCUGAUUUAGUGAACAGGAAAUUGUUAAGAGAUGACAACUUCAAUUAUUUGCAAGACCAAGAGGCUAUGGAACUUCAUUCCCAAGCCACAUCACAGAAAGAGGAGAUCCAGACCCUUCAUCAACAAAUUGAUGUUUCCUGUAUGAAGGAACAACAACUAUUGAAUGAAAAGUAUGCCCUGGAGAGGAAAGUUUCAGACUUAAGAAUGGCAAUUGAUGAGAAGCAAAAUGAAGCUAUCACUUCUGCUUCAAAUGAGUUGGUUCGUAGGAAAGGUGAUCUUGAAGAAAAUUUAAAGUUGGUGCAUGAUUUGAAGGCUGCAGAAGAUGAGAGAUUUGUUUUCAUGUCAUCAAUGCUUGGUGUAUUGGCUGAAUAUGGAAUUCGACCUCAUGUGAUGAAUGCUUCUGAGAUAUCCAACUGCAUAAAGCGUUUACACGAUCAAUUGCAGCAGAAGAUAAGAACAUCGCAUGAUAGGCUUAGAGAAGUAACAUCCGUUCUGGGAACUCCUACUGGAAGCUUAUUGCAUGAUAAAGAUAUCUCUGGCUAUCGUGUUUUGAAUGGCCAGCUUCCGAGCGAAUCCAUGGGUCAGCAUGGUUUUCCUUCUGAUCUCCAGCGUACAGAAGAACAUCAUUUGAAACCAAGUGAAGAUAUGUGGAGAUAUGUGAGUGACAAUGACCCCACAAACAGGAGAACCUUAAUAUUUAAUAGUGAGACCCGCCAACAAUUCAAUGGCAACAAUGUCCAAGAGUUUUUGACAAAGAGUAAUAGUGCGCUUGCUGGUACUAUUCCCAAUAAUUUGUUUGAUAAAGGUGAAAUUAAAGCAAGAGGAAGAGAGGCAGCCGACAAUGCCUUUUCUCACACUGCAAGCAUGCAUGAUGAGAUUGCUUCCUCUGCCUCUGAAGAGGGCCCUGGCAUAGAGGGUUUCCAGAUUAUUGGGGAUGCUACGCCAGGAGAAAAGCUACUAGGAUGCGGGUAUCCUGUACGUGGCACGUCUCUUUGCAUGUUUCAGUGGAUUCGCCAUCUUGAUGACGGCACUCGGCAGUAUAUUGAAGGGGCCACCAACCCAGAGUACAUUGUUACAGCUGAUGAUGUAGAUAAACUGCUUGCUGUUGAGUGCAUACCAAUGGAUGACCAAGGUCGUCAGGGUGAACUGGUGAAGCUGUUUGCUAAUGAUCAAAACAAAAUAAAAUGUGAUCUGGAUAUGCAACUGGAGAUUGAUACAUACAUUUCAAAUAGUCAAGCCACAUUCAGUGUCCUACUGCUGAUGGAUUCUUCUGAGAGUUGGGAACCAGCAACUCUUUAUUUGAGACGGUCCAGCUAUCAAAUUAAUAUCAAUAGCACAGAAGCCAAGGUCGUUGGCGAGAACUUUUCUAAAGAAUUAUCAAUCAAAAUACCUUGUGGGCUCUCAACACAAUUUGUUCUAAUAUGUUCUGAUGGAUCUUCACAUUUUUUCAGUACAUAUAAUGUUCGCAUGCGCGAUACUCUUGCAUUGACCUUGAGAAUGUUCCAAACCAAGGCAUUGGAUGACAAGAGAAAAGGAAGAGCGUAGGACUUUUCAACAUUUGUGUACACUAUUAUAGUCUGCAUUCAUUGAAGGUAGAAAAAGAAAAGGAGAAUAAAUUUGCGUCGAGGUUUGUGUCGUAGCCUUAAUUGAUGAUAGAAACAUUUAUACAAGUGAUUUUUUUACCUGUUGUAUAUCAUGUUGUUGAACUCUUUAUAGGCAAUAGCUCUCACGAAUAUGCGGCAGCAGGUAGCAUAAGAAUAUUUAUGAUAGAUAUGUACUGUUAGGAUGUUAUUCCACGGAUUUAUUGUAGUUUACAAAAUUGCUCAUGUUGUUUAGCUAGACUGAAAUGGGCGCAAUAACUGUACCGAAUAAAGGUCAGUUUACUUGUUGAGAUUGUUUAAUUUUGAACUGCAAUUCUGAAAGGAAUUCUACAAUUAUGUUCA